AUGAGAGCGAUCAUUCAACGGGUACUGCGGGGCUGCGUGCGCGUGAAUGGCGAGACUAUCAGCUCCAUCGAGCGCGGCUUCGUCGUUCUGGUGGGAAUUACGGACGAUGAUACGACCAAAGAUGCCGAGUGGAUAUGUCGCAAAAUCUUGGGCGCGCGUUUGUGGGCAGACGACACCGGCAAGGCGUGGAACAUGAGCGUCACGCAGAUGGGCUACGAAGUCCUCCUUGUCAGCCAGUUCACUCUUUAUGGCUACCUCAAGGGCAACAAGCCCGACUUCCACAAGGCGAUGGGCUCCGACCGGUCGAAGGCCUUCUACGAAGCGUUCGUGGAGAUGGUCAAGAGCAAGUACCAGGCCGACAAGAUCCAAGAUGGUCAGUUUGGGGCGAUGAUGGAGGUGGAGCUCGUCAACGACGGCCCCGUCACGCUGCAGAUCGAUUCUCGAGACAAGUAG